AUGCCCGCUACCACUGCGGAAACCCUGUCUCUGGUCUCGAGGAAUGUUUCCGUCGCUCCACUCGUUCUCCUUUCAGUAGCAGAUCACUUUGGCCGGCAAGCUAAAUCCUCGAAAAAGCGAGUUGUCGGAGUUCUGCUAGGACAAAACGAUGGAAAGAACGUUCGCGUGUCGAAUAGCUUUGCUGUGCCAUUCGAGGAAGACGACAAGGACCCGUCUGUUUGGUUUCUGGAUCACAACUACGUGGAGUCCAUGACGGACAUGUUCAAGAAGAUCAAUGCUACGGAGAAGCUGGUCGGAUGGUAUCACUCGGGACCGAAGCUGAGAGCCUCCGAUUUGGAGAUUAAUGAGCUUUUCAAGAGAUAUACACCAAAUCCCUUGCUAGUUAUCAUCGAUGUUCAACCAAAGGAGGCUGGUGUACCAACGGAUGCAUACUUUGCGGUGGAGGAGAUCAAGGACGACGGAACCACCACAUCGAAGACCUUCGUACACACACCGUCUUUCAUUGAAGCCGAGGAAGCGGAGGAGAUUGGAGUUGAGCAUCUACUGAGAGACAUUCGGGAUGUGGCAGUUGGAACCCUGUCAACGAGGAUCACGAACCAGCUACAAUCUUUGCAAGGCCUGCAUCUACGGUUACGAGACAUUGGCCAGUACCUCCAGAAAGUCCUCGACGGCACACUCCCGGUCAACCACGCCAUCCUGGGCAAUCUCCAAGACGUUUUCAACCUCCUGCCCAAUCUUUCUACGCCAAAGUCUUCAACAAGCAUUCCCAACGGCGUUGAUGCGCCUGUCAAGAACAACAGCGAGUUGGCUCACGCUAUGAGUAUCAAGACCAACGAUCAACUCAUGGCCAUCUACCUCAGCAGUUUAAUUCGUGCUAUCACCGCAUUCCACGACCUAAUCGAGAACAAGAUUCAGAACCGCCAACAGCAGGAGGAGAACGACAGUAAGAAGGACGAGGGCAAGGACGAGAAAGACAAGAAGGCCAAUGGUGUGAAUGGCACUAAUGGCGAUGGGAAGGAAGGCAAGGAUGUGGAAAAGGAGAAAGAAAACAAGGACAAAAAGAAGUGA